CUGUUCGGAUCGAUUUGUAAAGUUGUGCGUUUAGCCACUUUCGAAACGCAAAGAGAAAAGAGCAAAGAACGUUUUCACGUAUUUAUUUCGACACUUAAAAAAAGACGGAUUUUUAGUCUUUGUUUAUUUAUUCAAUAGACGAAAAAAAAAUUAACAAAAGUUCUUUUUAUUUAAAAAAUAAAAAUGAAGUCGGAAUAUAAGUGUUGUACUGCUUGUGAAGAUCCCAUAUCUGAUCGUUAUUUAUUGGAAGUAUCUGGACAUGCAUGGCAUGGCUCAUGUCUCAGAUGUUGCGUAUGCUUAGCAACGCUUGAUGAACAACGAACAUGCUAUAUUCGCGACGAUCAAAUCUAUUGCAAAGAGGAUUACAUGAAAUUUACACAGUGUGCGAAGUGCCAGCGAAAAAUAACAUCGACCGAUUGGAUUCGUCGUGCAAAGCAAUACGUUUUCCAUUUGGCGUGUUUUUCAUGUGACUCCUGCGAUCGUCAACUUUCAACCGGCGAAGAGUUUGCUUUAAUCCAAGAUCAAAUCCUCUGCCGUGAACAUUAUCUCGAGACAAUCGAAGGUGAAACAACAUCAAGUGACGCUGAUAGUUAUUUUGGCGGAGAAGAUUCAUCGAAGAAGAAAAUCAAACGGGUUCGAACAGCAUUCACCGAAGAACAAUUGGAGGUUUUGCAGCGUAAUUUUGAAAUUGACAGCAAUCCAGAUGGACAAGAUUUAGAACGAAUUGCAUUAAAUGCCGGCUUAAGCAAGCGUGUCACACAAGUUUGGUUCCAAAAUGCCCGUGCCCGACAAAAGAAGCACACACAUUUGGGCAAACGAAAAGCUCCAUAUGAACUGAAUGUACAUAUGCAAACAAAUCUAUUGGUCUAAGGAAUGAAUUUCAUCAUCAAUUAAAACUAAGUGAUAUAUUUUUGUUUUAAUUUGUUCUAUCAUUGUCUUUUGGUUUUAACCUCCAUCCAUAAUGUUAAUGAAGUGUAAAACGACAGUUCCGCUUAGCUUAAACUAUAUACUUGAAAAGUUUUUGGUCCAACAUGCACACACACACGCAGCAAAAAAAAAAUAAAACAAAACAAAAAGAGACGACGAUAUUUUAAAAUAAUGUGUGCGCAAAAUAAAAGAAAUGAAAACACAUGUUAAUUAGCAUAUUUGCCAUCGUCUAGCAAUCUAAAUGAAUUUUUGUGUAAUAUAUUUAUAAUUUAUGAAACAUGUAUGUAAGAAUAUUUAUUCUCAUAAUUUUAAACUCUCUAUUGAUGACUUAAAUAAAAGCAACA